UCGAUUCCCGGCUGGUGCAUUCUUUUUCCUUUUUUUCAAUUUUUUCCGGCAAACCUUCUCUCGCCCUUUUGCAAAGGUUACCCUGUAAUCGUGGACACUGCUCUCUGAAGCUCCAUAUUCUACUAGUUUGAUUAGCAAUUUCGUUCUCUCUACAAAUGUCGACCUCAAAUUUUUUCAACACAGUGAAAAGAGUCUUCCCCAUCAACCCAUCUUCAAAAUCAGAUGAAAGGCUAGCAAAAUUAAUUGCUAAAACCCUGAUUAACUCAACUUCAAAACCCCUUCAAAUCGACCCUUCUCUCACAUCCAAUCUAAACCCAAACAUCAUUCACCUUGUUCUUUCAAACCCAAAUGUCAAAAUCCCAUCUUGCUUACAUUUCUUUAGAUUUCUCAAAUCAAACCCAUAUCCAUUCUCGCAAAAACCCAAUCUUCAAGCUCACAUCACUCUUGUUUGUCGCCUUUUCCAAGCCAGAAAGUUUGCAGAAGCCAAGAUUAUACUCAACCAAGUUGUUAGUAAUGAAAAUCUGGUGUGCCCAACUUCUGAUAUUGUGUCUAUGAUGAUUGAGAGUUAUGAGGAGCCUAAGAUUGUUCAUAAGUUGUUUGAUAUGUUGUUUAGGGUUUAUGCUGAUAAUAAGAGGUUUGAAGAGUGUUUAGAGAUUUUUGAGUAUAUGAAAAGUAAUGGGUUUGAGAUUGAUGAUAGGUCUUGUAUGGUUUACUUGCUUGCAGUUAAGAGAUGUGAUCAGCUUGAUUUGUUGUAUGAUUUUUUCCGACGAAUGGUUGAUUCGGGUGUUAAGAUUACGGUUUAUUCUAUGACAUUGGUGAUUGAUGGACUGUGUAAGAUAGGAGAGGUUGGGAAAGCAAGAAACUUGCUGGAUGAAAUGGUUGAUAGAGGGAUUGAGCCUAAUGAUUAUACGUAUAAUACGUUGAUUGAUGCGUACAUGAAGAAGCUUGAUUCUGGAGGUGUGAAGGAAAUGUUGAAUGCGAUGGAGAAGAAUGGAAUACCUUAUAAUGUUGCGACUUACACGCUCUUGAUUAAUUGGAAUUCAAGGUCUGAAGAGAUGGAAGAAGCAGAAAGGCUGUUUGAGGAAAUGAAUCAGAGGGGUAUAUUGGGUGAUGUUCAUGUUUAUACUACCAUGAUAAGUUGGAAUUGCAAGUUGGGGAAUACAAAAAAAGCGUUUAGGCUAUUUGAUGAAAUGGCUGAAAGAGGUUUAGUUCCUAAUUGUCAUACCUACGCGGCUUUGGUGAAUGGUCUGUGCAAAGCUGGACAUAUGGAGGGUGUAGAAGUUUUAUUACAUGAGAUGCAAACUAAAGGAUAUAAUUUGAAUCGAGUAAUUUUCAAUACUUUGAUUGAUGGGUAUUGUAAGCGAGGUAUGAUAGAUGAAGCAUGGAGGUGCCAGAGCAUCAUGGAGCAGAAGGGAUUUGAGGCUGAUGUAUUUGCUUACUCGACAAUUGCACAUGGACUCUGUAAGCUAAAUCGCCACGAGGAAGCAAAGAGGCUGCUAUUGUCAAUGGUGGAUAGAGGCGUGGCUCCAAACAUUGUUGUUUUUACUACGCUGAUUGAUAUAUAUUGCAAGCAGGGAGACUUUGUUGAAGCAAAGAGAACGAUUCGAGAGAUGGAGAGCAAGGGAGAAAAACCUAAUGUUGUGACAUACAAUGCUCUCAUUGAUGGGUAUUGUAAAAAGUCGAUGAUGAAGGAAGCUCAUAAAACAAUGAGAGAAAUGGAAGUUAAAGGGUUGGUGGCUGAUGUUUACACAUAUACAUCACUUGUACAUGGAGAGUGCAUUUCUGGAAACAUAGAUGAAGCAGCUAGGCUGUUUAGUGAGAUGCCUGACAAACGUUUGGUCCCUAAUAUAAUAACUUAUAGUGUAAUGAUUUCUGGCUUGUCAAAGGUUGGAAGAUCAGACGAAGCUUUUAAAUUAUAUGAUCAGAUGAAAGAGGCAGGGCUUACACCAGACGACAAGGUAUAUGCUGCCCUUGUGGGUAGUCUUCAUCCUGCAACUACUUGAGAUCACAACUGGUCGAAGUAAUUUGCCAGAUGCUCAGUCUACUAUCUGGGUAGAAGUAUGUAUCAUGGAAAUGCCUUCACAUUUCAUCAAAUUGUAGCAUGGUGUUCUUUUACAGCACCCAAGGCACUGUAAAGAUCUUAAACAGCUCAAGUCGCCAAAAGGAUAUGUUAUUCGAGAAUCGAGAGGGGGAUUGCACUGUGAUCCUUUUAAUUAUAAAAAUUCAUGAGGUGAUUUAACUAUAAUUGAUAUUGCAGCCUUAGUAGCAAUAUCUGAGAUUACACAUAGAAUAUGGAAUAAUGUUGGUUGUAUUUUAUGUAAGAAAGAAAAGCUAAGUGUACAUGUAUUCUGUGCUUUACAACACUUACAAUAUUGUCCUUAAAAAAUCUACACUAACAAUUCUGCUCUUCAAGAUUU